AUGGUUUCUUUUGAUUCUUUCUUUCUUCCGCUUAUUUUUCUCAGGCUUUAUUCUUCAGUGUUUUCUUUCUUUCUUUCUUUCUUUCUUUCUUGCAUUAUUCCUUUCUUUCUUUCUUUCGUUUUUUUUUGCAGAUACUUUAAUUCUUUGUUUUCUUAUUAUUAUGUUUUAUUUGUUUCUUUGAUUGCUUCUUUAUUUUUUUCUUUAUUUCCACCUAUUUUUCUAUUCUUCAAUGUAUUCUUUCUUUCUUUCUUUCUUUCUGUCACUGAUCUUUUUUCUUCUUACCAUGAUUUCUUCCUUCCUUCGUUUAUUUGUUUGUUCUUUCUUUCUUUCUUUCUUUCUUUCUUCUUUGCCUUUAUAUUCCACUUUUAUUUUUUCUUGAUGUGUUUUUUUUUCCAUUUAUCUAUCUUUGGCCCCAUAUUUCAAUUCUUUUAUUUUCUGUUCAUUAUUUUCCUUCCUACCGUUUAUUUAUUUCUUUCUUUUUUUGUCUUUCGUUUCUUUUUCACUUAUUUUUCUCUUCUUUUAUUUUACCAGCUUUUCGUACAAUUACCCUUUCCUCAUUAUCUUUAUUUCAUUUUCACUUCCUUUCUUCUUCCUUUUUCUUUCCUUAAUUCUUUAUGA